AUGUCUAAUCAACAACCAAAUUUUAAUAAUCCACCACCAAGUAAUCUACCUUCAAUCCAAGCAACCAAAAGGAAAUCCAAAAACCGUAAACUUUUUGCAAAAGAUAUCGAAAAUUUACUAUAUUCAAUGGGAGAUCAACCAUAUUCAUUAGAAUCAACAAUAUCAGCAUUAGAAGAUUUAUUAAUUGAAUUCAUAACCAAAUUAUCAACAUCAAUGGUCAAUUACGCCAAAACCCAAGGUCGUAACAGAAUAAAAUUAAAUGAUUUAGCAUUUGCUCUAAAAAAUGAUCCAUUAAAAUUAAGUAGAAUGUUAUAUAUUUUAGAACAACAACAAAGAAUAGAAAAAGCUAAAAAAUUAUUUGAAGAAGAUAAUGAUAAAGUUAAAAUGGAUGAUGAUGAUGAUGAUAAUAAUAGUAAUGAUGAAGAUGAUGGUGAAAAUGAUAAUGAUGAAGAAAAUUUACAAAAUGAUGAUAAUCAAAAUUUAACUGCUACUGGACGUAAAAAAUAUAAAAAAAGAGCAGUGGAAUAUGAUGAAGAUGGUAAACCAAAGAGAAAGAAGUAUAAGAAAAGGGAAAAGAAGGUAAAAGAGUAA